AUGUCUCGCAAGUUCAACAACCUGCUUGCUGCUGUCUCUGCCGCCCUCGGGCUCGCGUUCGUCAUUGUCAAUCCGCUCGUUACCGCGAUUGGCGUUGGGGCAAUAGCGCUCUACAGAAAGAGUAACAAGGCUUUUCCCGAAGGAAGAAAGCUUGGAGAAGAAAAUCUCAGUCCUACUGAGUUGUCCACUGUUUCCGAAAUCGACAACCUCAAGGCGCGGCUUAAGCUCGCCGAGCUCGCCGAGCGCAUCAUCUCGACAGAGCUCGGCGCAACCAAGCCAUGCAACACUGUCUUGGAAAUCAAACUCGCGGCGCUGCGCCCGGCGUUCAAAGCCCAAGCCGAUAGGUGCCGAGAGCGCAUCAGGAUUCGGGACGAAGAAGUGGACGCGUUAAGGGAGCAAGUGUACGACGCCAACGAGAGGAUGGAGGGCGAGAAAGCGCUUAGGAUGCGGGCGGAGGCGACGGUCGACCGCCAGAGGGACCACGCCCGUCAGGUUGGACGCAAGCUGCCGGCUCUUUCCAUCGCAUGGAGCUACUCCGAGCAGAGCAUGGCUGUCCUUCCCCCUCCUGUGUCGCUUUCUGUUUCCACCUCCACCGACAUCCAAACCCCUCAUACCGCUCUCACCGAAGCCAACCUCCGAGUCGAGGCUCAGACCGACCGCGCAGAUCUGUCUGAACAAGCGUUACAGGCCUUGCUUCACGUCAACACACAGGUCUGCGCACGGAUGGAGGCGCUGAAGCGCAUGCAAACGGAACCAACCACUGGGACAUCACAGGUUUUCCGCGAUCACAAUCACCAUGAUGCCUCCCCCCUUGUCCCUAUCGCCCUAUCUCCUUCCGCGUCCGAUCUCAGUUCUCCUCACAUCCCUUCUUCAUUGAUCUCGUCCUCGUCUCUUCCAAUCGUUUCCAUGGAUUUUACAUCGUCUCCAAUGUCACCCUCUACUUCAAUACCCAUUGCCCCAAUCGUCACUUCUUCUUUUGAUUCCGAUCCCAGCUCUCCCCAUAUGCCUUCCUCAACGAUCUUGUCCUCUCCUCUUCCCAUCUUUCCCAUGCAUUCUACAUCAUCUCCGAUACUAUCUCCCAUUAUAACGCCCACCUCCCCUUCCACUCCCGCACUCCCUUUAUCGCCUGCUCCACCUCGUUGCACUUUAUCCUUGCACUCCGAUUUCUCUCCAAAAAUUUCCUUCUCGUCUUCAGCCUCCGCGCCCCAUUCCCUCUUGCAAUCCUCCCAUGACCCCUCCGAGAUCAAUACUGCUCCCCUCGUCGACUACAUCCAUCACUUCGACGACCUCAUCACGUCGUUCGAGUUGAAGGUUCAGACGCUCGAGUACACCAACGAGAGACUCGGGGGCGACCUAGACGACCAAGUAUCCAUCUCUGCGCAGCUCUCGGAGAUGAUCUUCUCCAUGAUCCAGGAAGCCACUACCAAUGACAUGCUCAAGCACUUCAUUCUCAGGAGGCUUGGCGAAGAGGAACUCGAGGGUGUGGAGCGGUACAUUACCGAUAGGAAGAGUCUCCAUGCGUCUCCGCAAGUCGUCCUCACCCAGCCCGAGGGUGGGAUUGUGCGCGGAGUGGACAAUAUCAGCCGGCUGAUUUUAACACGCAACUCUUUCUAUUUCCCGAUGUCCGCGUCCACUUCCUCUGGAUUGCGUGGGUCCGAGCACAAGGCUGUCGGCAGUGUCUCAAUCUUCUCCGAUGUCGGUCGGCUCAUCGACGAUAGACCACUGCCGAAUCUUUGGGACGACGGCCCAUCACCCCGCGACAAUGAACUCUGUAGCCUGCCCUAUUUCUUACUUGGUGUCGACGUUGACAUGUGCGCUGGAGAGGCGAAGGUAGAGGAAGAUCUACUCGAGGGCCCAGUCUAUGUCACUGGACGCAGCAUCGUCCAGCUCAUCUACGAUAUCGUCUCCCACCUCGCCGUUUACUCCUCUGACUUCGUCCUCCUCUCCGCCAACUUCGCCAUCAAGGUUUUUGGUGAUUCGCCGAGAGGACAACGAGUGUUCGCUCGUCGAUUCAAACAAGCGGGGUUCUCUCAGCUCACUAUCGUCUUAUCGCUCCCUCCUCUCCGCCCCUCGUCAAUCAUCAUACUUGGUCAGCUCGCCAAUUUCCAGACGCCAGCAUUCGACGAUGUAGACUGGUUCACCGGGAUGGUGUCCGCAAUCUGGUCUCAGGAUAGUUGCUGGCAACUUCCCUGA